UCUCUACCUGAAAAACCCGCUAACAUUGAAUAUAUCUCUCUGUCCCUUUCUUCUUUAAAAUUAUAAAAAUGUCCCAAGAUUCUGCGACUACUACUACUACUUCUCCGCCGCCGCUACCUUCAACCGCCGUCGACUCAAUGCCGAAUGAUUCCAAUACCAAUCCUUCGUACUCUCUGACGCAACAAGACUUUAAGGAUGAAGAAGAAAAGCCAAAGCAACUAACCUUGGAACCAGAGCCAAUUCAGCCGCCGCCGGUGACUCCCGAACCAAACCCGCAGCUGAGCUCUGAGCAAGAUUCGUCUUUGCCUUUAGUUCAGGACCCGAAGGAGAUCAACAACGCGGCGGAGAUGACAGAGCAGUCUCACCAAGUGACGCCGGAGAAAGAAUGUCCCAAACACGCGGCGGAGAAUUCAGAACCGCCGGUGACUACCGAGCCAAUUCAGCAACUGAGUUUUGAGAAAGAUUCUUCGGACCCGGAGGAGACAAACCACGCGGCGGAGAAGGUUUCAAAGCAGCCUCACCAAGUGGCGCCGGAGACAGCGACUUUAGAGCACGAAGGUCCCAACCAUGCGGCCGGAGAUUCAGUAACGACGGAGAAAAUGACUCCGGAGCCUGAAGGUACCAAACACGCGACGGCAGAGGAUUCAGAGCAGCCAUAUCAAGUGCCUGAGAGUGUGACGCCCGAAGAGCCUAACCAUAAGGUAGAGGAUGAUGCAGAGAAGGUGACACUGGAGACAGAGCCAACGCAGAAACUGAUGUUAGAGCAGCGGAAAAAGUACACUGAGGUAGCAGACUGGACUGAGCCGGAACCACCAGACGCAGCAGUGUUAGAAGCUGCAGCCUCGGCGCCUGAGCCUCAACCACCAGCUUCUUCCGUGAAGACUAGAUCCUUGGCGGAGAUGAUGAACAGAGAAGAAGCUGAAGAGAAACCAAAGAUUCAGAUUCCUCAUACCCUCGGCUCAUUCAAGGAAGAAACGAACCGAAUCUCCGAUCUCUCAGAGCACGAGCUAAACGCUCUUCACGAGCUCCGUCACCUCUUGCAAGAAUCAACCACCAUUGACUCCACCAAAAGCUUCAUAUGGGGCGUGCCACUUCUAACCGACGUCGUUUUGCUUAAAUUCUUGAGAGCGAGAGAUUUCAAACCUCAAGAAGCUUACUCGAUGCUCACCAAGACACUCCAAUGGAGAACGGAGUUCAACAUCGAGGAGCUUCUCGACGAAAACCUCGGAGACGAUUUAGACAAGGUUGUGUUCAUGCAAGGACAGGACAGGGAGAAUCAUCCGGUUUGUUACAACGUCUACGGUGAGUUUCAGGACAAGGAUCUUUAUCAGAAGACGUUCUCGAACGAGGAGAAGAGAGACCGGUUCUUGAGAUGGAGGAUUCAGUUUCUUGAGAAGAGUAUAAGAAAGCUAGAUUUUGUCGCUGGUGGGGUUUCCACGGUCUGUCAAGUAAACGAUCUGAAGAACUCUCCAGGACCUGGUAAAACCGAGCUCAGGGUAGCUACUAAGCAAGCUCUUCAUCUUCUUCAAGACAAUUACCCUGAGUUUAUCUCUAAACAGAUAUUCAUCAACGUUCCAUGGUGGUACCUUGGGUUCUAUAGGAUUAUCAGCCCUUUCAUGACCCAAAGGUCAAAGAGCAAACUCGUUUUCUCAGGUCCUUCAAGAUCUGCAGAAACACUUUUCAAGUACAUAUCACCAGAACAUGUCCCGGUUCAGUACGGUGGAUUAAGUGUGGAUAACUGCGACUGUAACUCAGAUUUCACACAUGAGGAUACCGCCACUGAGAUUACCGUUAAACCAACAACAAAACAAACCGUCGAGAUUAUUAUUUACGAGAAAUGCACGAUCGUGUGGGAGAUAAGAGUAGUGGGAUGGGAGGUUAUGUAUGGAGCAGAGUUUGUGCCGGAGAACAAAGAAGGAUACACAGUGAUAAUUCAGAAGCCGAGGAAGAUGGCUUCAGAAGAUGAACCGGUUGUGUCUCAAAGCUUCAAAGUUGGAGAAGUUGGCAAGAUUUUACUAACCGUGGAUAACCCGACGUCCAACAAGAAAAUUCUUAUUUACAGGUUCAAGGUUAAGCCUUUGCCGUGUGAGUAACAAAAGUUGCAUCUAUCUUAAAAAGUGUUUCUUAGUUUAGAACUUGAUCAAAUGAUUGUUGGUUGUGUUUUUUUUCUUCUGUUGCCGACUUAUAUGUGUGUGUGUGUUCUGUUUGUUAAAUUCGUUUGUUUUAGAUUUGUAUUUUGCUUUAGUAUCUCUUUAAUUUGCUUCAAAGAGGAUGAUGUUUUGAGUAGUAAAUGGCUUUUAAUGGAUACAGCUUUUUUUGUUGGUCAGGAAUUAAGUCUCCAGUGCAGAUUGUUAAG